AUGUCAAUUGAGCCACCAAGGUCACAGCAAUGGCUUCAUCGUGAUUCACAACUGGCUGCCGAUGCCGGGGUAACAUUUGAACUUCAAUAUGUUGGUGCUAUCCCAGUGCUGACAUCCAUAAAAUCUGUGGAUAUAAACACCAGAACUCGGAUUUGUCGUGCAUCAAUACGUCGUGUAUGCGAAGAUGUUGGUCUAAAACUACCAAGUAAUCGACCAGCUGACAAGUCAAUAAAACAGUUCAUUGGCCCAUCCACCGAUAUGACAUGGGCAAUGGCAAACGUAUACCUUACAAUCACAUCACAAACACUCACUGUUGAAACAAUUGAUAAUGGUGUGUUAUUAUUCCAACACAACCUAUUCCUGGUUUCUUUUGCUUCCGCUGGGGAUGCAGAUACACCAGAUUUCAUUUGUUAUGUGGCCAAAACAGAUCAAGACACUCGUAUGUGUUACGUUUUCGAAUGUUCAGAUGGUCUUGCCCAGGAUGUAAUUAUUACAAUCGGACAAGCAUUCCAGUUAGGAUAUCAGGAUUUCAAAAAUCCUAAACCACAAAAUAUUGAUAAACAAACAUCUUCCAUUAAAUUAAAUUCAUUGGAUUCACUAUUUUCUAAUCACCAAACAUUUCAAACAAAUAUAUCAAUGUCUAAAAAUUCUCUUAGUAAUUCAAACAAACUAUCAUCUAUUAAUGGUACCAAUUAUCAUGUAUCUGCCAAUACCGUUACUUCCCUAUCAAAAGAGAAUUCAACGUUAACUCAAAAUACUUCUAUGCCUAAUAAUAAUGUUACUCAUCAACCAGUAGCUUUUGAUAAUUUUAUGGAUUUUGAAGAUAGUGCAUGGAAUCUUGGUAACGAAAUUUCUCCGGAUAACCAAACUGAUAAUGCAGAAUACAACAAACCAUCCUGUGGCACUACGACAAAUACCCAAUCUAAUCAAAAUGAUUUAACACAACAACCUUCCUGCAACAUUAACAAAGUUGCUGGUGUCAAAUCAAUAUCUAAUAUAAAGGCACCAGUUGGACUUCCAAAUUUUGAACAUUUAGAACCGGUAGGUGAGCCUUGGUAUGUUGGUAAAAUGUCCAGAUCACAAGCCGAGAAUUUGUUGCGUUAUGAUGGGGACUUUCUCGUGCGUGCUAGCAUUCAACAGCCUGGUCAGUUUGUACUAAGCGGCCUUCAAGACGGAAAAUAUAGACAUUUGUUACUGGCCGACCCGAAUGGAAAGGUACGUACAAAAGAACGAGUAUUUGAUAGCAUACAACAUCUUAUUGAUUAUCACCGAAAUAAAAUUAAUAUUUCCAGUAUCUACACAUACAUUUUGCAUUUCUUAAUUCAAUUCUCGCAUGAUCUUUGA